CCUCCUCCUCCUCCGGCUCCUUCUCUCAAACAGCACGUGGGCCCCCGCUGAUGAACUGUCAGAACUGUGCGCAUGCGCGUUAUGAUGAUGGGAAUUUCCAACAGCUGAGUCUAUGCUGAGGAGGCGUAGCUAGCCAUGGCUAGCACUUGUUAAAGCUUGGAGACGGCUCAGAACGGCUCAGAAGAAUCACAUGAUCGUGAAUGUGUCUUCAUGAUGAGUGACCUUGAACUCUCCACACUCUGCUGAAACCAAGGAAUGGGAUAGAUACAACUCUGCAUUAACAGAGCAUGAAGCAAACGCUCCUCUUGACCUCAUCUUGAACGGCAGGCCUUUUCGUCUGAAAACAAGUCAGGCUUUUAGCCAGUACCAAAGAUGCCCAUAAGAAGGCAUCCCUACAGGCUGCAGCCUAGCUACGCCAACUGAAAGGUCCAGGCAACUGCAUAUAAUGUUUAAAGGAUGUACUGCUGAUUGGAUGCAAAAUUUUAUUCCUCUUCCACAUCUCCAAAACGUUAACGUUGAGUCUGUGCCAGCGUUUACAGUGAAUUAUGGUGACCAAAAAUGGUGCUUGAAUGUGGCAUCCUGGUGCAGAGUAUGCUAAAAGGGGUGAGGCUCUCUCAGAAAAGUGUAACAGCCGACUGAUAGUCUGCUGCCGAUAAUGGAUGCCAAGUUAAAAGAGGACCUUUUUCGAAGGUAUGUGACAGCACUGGAGAGGCGUCUGGAGGAUGGAGGGGAAUACACAGGGACAGGAACAACACCAGAGGAGGACAGAGGGAGACACAAGGACAGUGAGGCACUACUCUCCACAGCUACAGCUCUGCUAGGGGCCUACCAGCCUGAUCCAGCACAACGUUUCCGGAUGGUGUGUUUUUAUGAAGUGGUGGAAAAUGCUCUCCGCUGCCAGAGAGGCGGCAACAUCAAGAGCCUGGAGAGAGCCUUCCACACAUUGGAAACAAUCUGCACCAACCUCUUGCUCUAUCCCUGGAAGAAAGAGUUCAGAUGUAUAAAGACCUUCACUGGCCCAUAUGUGUACCAUCUGCAGUCUGCCAUUUGUGAUGCUGAACUACGAACUCUUAUGCGCACCAUCGGCUAUGCCUGUGACCAUGAUUCGCAGUUCCAUUUGCAGGAGCACCCAGGAGGCACAAAUCAUCUCCGGCAGUUGGCGUUUGAGCUCUUCCUGGCCCAGGCAGAGUGUCGUCUUCUGAGAGAAGUAGUGGCUCUGGCCCGUGGUUCGGCCUCAGAGCUGGAGGCCCUGGAACUCCGAAGAGGCUGCAGAGAUGAUGCAGCUGGCUGUGCUGAGGCGCUCCGCAGACGUGACAGCCUUGGGGCAGAUAUGGCUCGGUUGUCUGUGCGGCCGUUAGAUAUAGAGAGGCCUCAUGCCCACCACCUGAGGCGAGGUAGCCGACCGUCUAAGUCUGUGGAUGUUACAGAUGGGGCUGGUCACUGGCACGCAGCAGUUAGCAAGCCUGUCUUGAAGGCCUCAUUGAGUCUGAGGAAGGAGCCUCUGUUUGUGGAUGCGGAGGAGGAUAUGAAGGAUGAGAUCAUCAGGCCCAGUACCUCAGCAUCUCUGUUCUCUGUGGCAGCUCCGCCUUCCUAUAGCCCUAUUGCGGAUUUCUUUCCAAUUCAGUCACCUCCCCUGGCCGAUGCUUACACGUCCUACCACCUGUCCUCUUUGGAUGAGAUUGACUUGUACACAGAGAGGGGUGUUGGGACAGGAGGAAGGCAGACCCCCUCGCGACCUCCAUCCAGAGAGCCUCGGGAUGUAAGGGAUGGGUGGCUGCUCAAACCUCAUGGUAGUGUGAAGUGUCAGGGCUGUGGGCUUGGCUGCUCCUCUAUGGCCUCCUGCCAGAGAUGUGACAUGAUCCUCUGUUCUGCCUGUCAUGAUGUGGACCCCUCCCCUUGCUGCGGCCUCCAGGACUACCACCCAAAAUCCCCACGACCCCUCGAUGGAUACAUUCCUGUCAAGGAAAAGCUCUCGGUCUACUCUAACACUCACUCCCACUCCCAUCUCCAUCCGCACCCCCUCACACUGACCCACUCACACUCUCACCCCCACCCCCACCCCCAGAUGGUGGAGAAACCCCUCAUGUCCACAAAGCUGUUUGCAAGCAAGUCUAUUGCCUUGACCACACCAAAGGGAGGCAGCACUGAGCGAAUAAGCAUGGGGGGAUCGCGAUGCGGGUUUUGCAACAAGCCAGGGGCAUCCCACACCUGUGUGAACUGCUCUAAGGUGUCGUGUGACUCAUGCAUGGGCUUGUAUGCAAAAGAUAUUUGCACGCGAAAAAAUCCCCAACACAGCUUUGUGCCCAACCAUCAGCUCAACUUCAAAUCUGGCACCAUAUCUCACCUGGUGUACCGAUGAAUCAGGCAUGGAUCAAAAUAUUUGUUUCUCCCUUCUAGUCCCCUCCCUUAACCUGCUGCAUAGUCUUGCACUAUUGCUUUAGCUCUGUUCCGGUUUAAAUAACUCAUUCACUAUCUUCCCCUUAACUGAUGGUCUUUUGGCCCUAUCGAACCCUCUCUUGAACUUUGUACAUUUUCUCUUACAGUCAGUAGGGCCCUGGAAUGCACUUGCCACAGAGAGCAAUAUCGUCUGCCCAUCUCUCUGCCUUGUACAAGUUCAGGCCUUUUAUCUAUUUCUUCUUCUUUUUACCUUGCUACCUGCUCUUGAGUAGUCAUGUGAUGUUGUAGCGCUUCCCCAAUUCCUUAAAUUUUGUCCUCCUGAAAAGGGAAACUGAAGAAGAUAGAGUGUAAUUCCUUCUCAUUUUGAAUGAAUUAUGUCCAAAUGAACAUAUGUACUUUGCCUAACUUCUCAGCUAAAAAUUCCUCUAAUAUAUAAAUAUAUAUACAGUGUGUAUAUAUAUAUAUGUGUGUGUGUGUGUG